CCGGCUUCGUGUGCUACUGGAUAACGAUCGUGCAUUUAUGGCCUAUGCUGGCGUAGCUCGUAGCCCCGUAGGACUAGCCGACUAGGAAAUACUUUUUUUUAGUUAAAUGUAUAGUCCGAGCUUAUAUUAAUAAUUGGGGAAGAUGGAGCAUAAUAGUAUCAACUCCUGUAUGGAAGAAUGGGAGGCACUCAGUAACGAGUAUAGAUCUUUAGAGAAAUUGCACCAGCUUUACCAUGCCAAACUUGAAGAAGUCAACAGUUUGCAGCAAAAAUGUACCAAAGGAAUUUCCCACCAACGCUACAGACUUAACAUAAUCAAAAACUCUUUAAGAAGGUUGGAAAAAAAUAUGUCUGAGAGCAGCCAAGGUGACAGUGAAAGAAAUGCCCUCCUGCAGACUGACUUGAUCCGCCGCAAAGCACAGCUCUAUGAGAUGGAGAACAUUCUCCCUAAGCCAAGUGGACGAUACCUAAAAAUUAUACUCGGAGGAAUCAAUGUGUCAAUAUUAGAUAAAAAUGAAAAAUUCCGCUACAAGGAUGAAUAUGAGAAGUUCAAACUUGUUAUGAGUCUCUUGGCGCUGUUUAUCUCGCUGUUCAACUGCCUCACAAAUGUCAGGACGAUGGAUGUGGUGCAUAUGUUCCUGCUUGUGUGGUAUUACUGCACUCUCACCAUCAGGGAGAGCAUCCUCAAGGUGAACGGGUCGCGAAUGAAGGGCUGGUGGCGCGCUCACCACUUCAUCUCCACGGUGCUGGCAGGGGUGAUGUUGAUCUGGCCUGUGGGCGAGUGUUACUACGCCUUCAGGACGCAGUUCAUGGCCUUCAACGUGUAUAUCAGUUUUGUGCAGUACCUGCAGUUCAUGUACCAACGAGGCUGCCUGUAUCGCCUCAAGUGCCUGGGGCAGAGCCACAACAUGGACAUCACCGUCGAGGGCUUCCAGUCGUGGAUGUGGCGAGGCUUGAGCUUCCUCUUGCCCUUUCUCUUUAUUGGAUAUGCGUGGGAGUUCUACCACGCCUACACCCUCUACUACCUUGCGAGUCAUCCAUCGGCUGACUGGCAUGUGGGUACGCUGAGCAUGCUGUUCCUAGUGCUGUUCCUGGGCAACAGCCUCACGACGGCCGCCACCAUCCCGCAGAAAAUCAAGGAGCGCUUCAAGCUCAAGUAUCGCUUCACGCGCCUUGACAAGUACAUGAACCACAGCAAGCGACGCCGCGUCUCUUUCAGGAGCCCUGAGCUGAAUGAGCGCCGCACUCCCGCUGCCAGAGCUGCAUCCUUCAGCAGGAAGCCUGAGGUCACCGCCGAGGAAACUUCUUUGCAAGGACAUGACAAACCGCAAAUUCCUAAUAUUGACAGAAAAGACCACGACUCCGGAGUGAUGAUGAGCGAAAGCAGCUCAUCUGACGCAGAACGUCACCGCGUCGACGCUGCUGACGAAGACAUAGAGGUCUUCGACGACUCCAUUACGUAUGCAGAGCGCGCGCAACUCGAUAAGGAUGCCCAAAGCUCUGAUGAGUUCAGUCAAGAGGGAAACUUGGAACCGGAAACUGAAGAGAAGAAAGAAAAAUAAACAGACUAUGAAGAAGGCUGCGCUCAAAAACGGGUUCUCACAACACAAAAAUCAUGACAUGAGUUCAUCAACGGAUUGGCAUUGCAUAAGUUUGAUUGGCAGACACCAUGCAAAAUUUUUAAUUUACUGGGUUCAAUUGGGGCAUCCUGUCGAAUAGAACUAAGGAUGGCCGUUGAUUUUCCUGGGCAGAUUCGGAUAGUAUUCUGAGCAUUAGGCCUAGUAGCAAACUUCUUUGAACUUCUUCGCAAACUUUUUUGAUGCAACCUACCGGGAAAAUGGUAGUAAUUGUCGGUAUAUUAGUCAUUGGUUUAUUUGGGUUGUAAGCGUCCUUGUCCUUCAUCACUUCAAAAUUUAGUUUUAACUGAAUAUUGGAUCUGUAUGUGGAAUUUCUUAUGUAAAACAAGUUUUCUUUACGGUAAAAUAGUGCUAACUUGUACUUUGAAAGAAAACUGUUCUUGCCAGCUGCCAGGAUAAUAUAUUAGUUGCUUAAAAAUAUGACUACACAUUCAUAUGUGUUUUUCGUAUUCAAGUCGGACAAGAAAGCCUUGACACAAAUAUUUGUCUUCCUGUAGAUACUUUGCAUCAACUGACGCCCGCCACAUCUUUGCUCUCUACAGAGUCCUUCCCAUUCGAAUAUGUCGUCAUGCCAACCAAGCUAUUUUGCGCCAGAUUAACUCUAGUCUCUGAAUUCCUUUCUAGAUAGAUGCUAAAGUUUGGUCUCAAGGAUGGCGUUACAGCAUCAUUCUCAGUUUUAGUACUUGGGACAUUUGUCAAAACGCCUUGAAGUAAGUUCCAAACUGACACAAUUGAGCCGGCAUGAGGUGAACAUUUUCAAGAGUUAUUAUACAUGAAGUUAUUUUUUUACUCAUAGAUAUUUUAGGUAAUUAAGUGUGUGCAUCUUUUCUACUUCGUUCACGUUACAUAUUUAAUAUAAUGCAUGGCGGCUGUUCGUUCUCUGCUUUUAGUUCCUUAAAUGUUCGUGCACAAUUGCGCUUGUUGCGGUUUUGCCUUGUGUUUGUCAUUGUUUUCUGUUGCGUUGGGUGUGUCGUAAUGAGGCACUGUGUUAUAUAUUGAAAUUAAUGUAAGUCUUUCGUGCACAUGAAAUAUGAAUAUCAGGAAGUUUAGUGACCUCUUAGUUGCGUGUUUUCUUCGCGUCCACUAGAUUAUCUCCUCGAAGAAUGGCGUUCAGCAAGUAAAAUGUACUAUUUCAUUUACGUUGUGGGUUAAACCCCAGCAGGUAUAGAUGAUCGUACAUAAUUUAAUAUCUACACAUGGCACAAAAUAUAUAUUGAUUACUUA